UAGAGGAGGAAGAAGAAGAGGAGGAGGAGGAGGAGGAGGAGGAGGAGGAGGAGGAGGAGGACGAGGACUGGGAAGGGGAUGAGGAAGAAGUGGAGGAGGAAGAAGUGGAGGAGGAAGAAGAAGAGGAGAACCCGAUGAUGGAGGAGGAGGAGGAGGAGGUGGAGGAGGAGCCCACAACGACAGAGAGUGAGUGUUCGCAUGAAGAAGAAGGUCGGGGAUAGCCUGAACAGGGACUGGCGGGACGAGAAGGAAGAAGAAGAAGAGGGCGAGGAGGAAGAGGAUGACGACGAAGAAGGAGAGGGCGAGGAGGAGGACGAAGAAGAUGUGGAGGAGGAGAAGGCCACUGCGAUGGCGGAGGAGGAGGGAGAAAACUUAAAGGAGGAAGAAGAAGAAGAGGAGGAGGAGGAGGAGGAGGAGGAGGUGAAGGAGGACUGGGAAGUGCAUGAGGAAGAAACGAAGGAGGAAGAAGAGGACGAGGGCCCGACGAUGGAGGAGGAGGAGGAGGAGGAGGAGGCGGAGGAGGGGGAGGAGGUGGAGGAGGAGGAGGAGGUGGAGGAGGAGGAGCCCACGACGAUAGUGAACGAGGACUGGAGGGACGAGGAGGAAGAAGAAGAAGAGGGUGAGGAGGAGGAGGAUGACCACGAAGAAGGAGAGGGCGAGGAGGAGGACGACAAAAAAAAUGUGGAGGAGGAGGCCACGGCGAUGGCGGAGGAGGGAGUUUUAGAGGAGGAAGAAGAAGAAGAGGAGGAGGAGGAGGAGGUGGUGGAGGAGGAGGGCUGGGAAGUGGAUGAGGAAGAAGUGAAGGAGGAAGAAGAGGAGGACUGGGAGGACGAUGAGGAAGAAGAAGAAGAGGGCGAGGAGGAGGAGGAUGACGACGAAGAAGAAGAGGGCCAGGAGGAGGAGGACGACGAAGAUGUGGAGGAGGAGGAGGUCAUGGCGAUGGCGGGGGAGGAGGGAGAGAACUUAGAAGAGGAAGAAGAAGAAGAGGAGGAGGAGGAGGAUGAGGAGGUGGAGGAGGAGGAGGAGGAGGAGGAGGAGGAGGAGGAGGUGGAGGAGGAGGAGCCCACAGCGAUAGUGAAUGAGUAGGGCGAGGAGGAGGAGGAGGAUGACGAAGAUGGAGAGGGCGAGGAGGAGGAGGACGAAGAAGAUGUGGAGGAGGAGGAGGUCACGGCGAUGGCGGAGGAGGAGGGAGUUUUAGAGGAGGAAGAAGAAGAAGAGGAGGAGGAGGAGGAGGUGAAGGAGGAGGAUUGGGAAGUGGAUGAGGAAAAAACGAAGGAGGAAGAAGAGGAGGAGGGUCCGACGAUGGAGGAGGAGGAGGUGGAGGAGGAGGAGCCCACGACGAUCAACGACGAGUUCGGGGACAGCCUGAACAGGGACUGGCGGGACGAGGAGGAAGAAGAAGAAGAGGGAAAGGAGGAGGAGGAUGACGACGAAGAAGGAAAGGGCGAGGAGGAGGAGGACGAAGAAGAUGUGGACGAGGAGGAGGCCACGACAAUGGAGGAGGAGGAGGGAGAGAACUUAGAGGAGGAAGAAGAAGAAGAGGAGGAGGAGGAGGAGGAGGAGGAGGAGGACUGGGAAGGGGAUGAGGAAGAAGCGAAGGAGGAAGAAGAGGAGGAGGGCCCGACGAUGGAGGGCGGAGGAGGAGGAGGUGAGAGGGAGGAGGUGGAGGAGGAGGUGGAGGAGGAGGAGUGGGAGGAGGAGGAGGUUCCGGUUAUGGAGGAAGAGGGGGAAACGAAGGAGCAUGAAGAGGACGUGGAGGAAGAAGAAGAAGAGGGCGAGGAGGAGGAGGAUGACGACGAAGAAGAAGAGGGCGAGGAGGAGGAGGACGAGGAGGAGGAGGACGAAGAAGAGGUGGAGGAGGAGGCCACGGCGAUGGAGGAGGAAGAGGGAGAAAACUUAGAGGAGGAAGAAGGAGAAGAGGAGGAGGAGGACGGGGAGGAGGAGGAGGACGAGUAGGAGGACGAGGAGUGGAAAGAGUAUGAGGAAGAAGAGGAGGAGGAAGAAGAGGAGGACGAGGAAGAAGAGGAGGACGAGAAAGAAGAGGAGGAGGGGCUGACGAUGGAGAAGGAGGAGGCGGUGAAGGAGGCGAAGGCCACGACGACAGAGGAGGAGGAAGAGGAAGUGGAGGAGGUCACGUCCUUCAUCGCCCCGGCCUACUCUAUAUCAGGCUCCUCUGACUUUUUUUUUUUUUUUUUCCCCUGAGGCGAUUAAACAAUCAAUGAAUCAAUCAAUCAAACAAUC